AUGAAUUUUACUGAAGUUAAUACAACAAGUUCAUUAAGUAAUGAUAUUAUAAAACUUAAUCAUCAAAAUGAAACUGAACAUUUACUUGAUAAAUAUACAUUUUCAAAUGCACUUGCACUUUCAGUUAAACUAGGAAUUUGGGAAGCGGUACUUGAUGAUGAAGUUGAAUAUGUUGCUGAUUUAGCUAAUCGUUUAAAACAAGGCAAACAUAUUAAAAUUAAACAUGGAUCAAUGCAACGUAAAAGUGGAGAACUUUAUUCACUUAAACAUGCUGUUCAUUUAAGUCAUGAUUUUCUUGAUACACCUGAUUUCUACUGGUCAAAUAGUCGAUUAGAAAAUCUUUAUAAGAAAGUUUUCAAUUAUUUUGCAAUUGCUAAACGUACAAAAGUAUUGAAUGAACGAUUAAAUUUUUCACUUGAACUUAUAUCAGUUAUUGAAGCAAGUUUAAAUGAAAAAAAACAUGUACGAUUAGAAUGGAUUAUUAUUAUUUUAAUAUGUGCCGAAGUAUUUUUCAAUGUAAUUGAUCAUUUAGAUUUUUUUUCACCAAAUUUUACUCCAAAACAUCAGAAAUCUUCAGAUAAUCGAGUCUAG